AUGGGCCUCUUCAAAGGUUCCCUGGCUGGUCCAGGAUAUGUGAUUCUCAAUAUCAUUCGAGUGCUUAACAUUAUCGCCCUCCUGGACAUCAUCGCCGCGAGUGUGGUGAUGCUUAUCAAGAUCUCUUUCGUUAAUAGUUUUUUCUUUUUUGAGGCUGUUACCCACGCCGUGACUGCCUGUGUGAGCAUUGUCCUCAUCCUCUCCGAACUACCCGUCUUCCGUGGCUACUUCGAUCGGAAUUGGCCGCUAUUCGGUCAGGAGUCCGGCUUUGUGACUCUUUCCGCUACGAUGAUCAUAUUGGGCGUGUCAGUGCUUGGCGAUCUUAAUAGGAAAGCCACCAGUCAGGAGUCCCUGGGGCUGGCGUUCUGGAGAAUCGUUGCUUCGGCCGGAAUUCUCGCGAUGGUCAUGGGCCUUAUCAACUUCCCUGUAAGUUUCAUUUUUAGGGAUAAGGAACGCGGUGUCACUGCACGCCAGGUCCGAUCAUACGGAGCCGUUGCUUCCAAAGUCGUCGAUCGCAAAGGCAGCCAGAGGUCGUUUCAGCUGUGCUUAAAUCGGCAAGACACUCUUCCGACCUACCGUUCCCACACAUCGAGCCCGAGGCCCAUGUCCUUGCGCAACACGAGACGGUUUCCAUUGAAGGUCUCAAGUCCGACCGUCGAGCGUAAGGAAUCCUUUUCUAAGAGUGGCAGUGAGCCUGACCUGGCGGCACCAGAACUGGCUCACCAUCCUGCCAUGCACGCAAAUUAUGUUUAA